UACACUGGAGUUUCUCAUCUCCAUAACUGUAUCUCUGGUUAUUCUUGCCCGCUUCACAAUGGUAUCAAUACCAAAGAUGGUGGACGCCAUUCUUCUUUGAUUGAAGCAAGAAUGGGACAAUUUUGGAAUAUAGCUGGUGACCUCACAAAGAGAUCCCAUUGUUCUGGUGACAGGAGGAAGAGCUGGUGUUCUGAGAUAACGCUCACCCUGGAAUAACUGACAAAACAGCACCUCCUGAAGCUUCCUGUGUGGUGCAGCGGUCUAAGACACUGCAUCUCAGUGCUAGAGGUCGUCACUACAGACCCUGGUUUGAUUCCAGGCUGUAUCACAGCGGUCUAAGACACUGCAUCUCAGUGCUAGAGGUCGUCACUACAGACCCUGGUUUGAGUCCAGGCUGUAUCACAGCGGUCUAAGACACUGCAUCUCAGUGCUAGAGGUCGUCACUACAGACCCUGGUUUGAGUCCAGGCUGUAUCACAGCGGUCUAAGACACUGCAUCUCAGUGCUAGAGGUCGUCACUACAGACCCUGGUUUGAGUCCAGGCUGUAUCACAGCGGUCUAAGACACUGCAUCUCAGUGCUAGAGGUCGUCACUACAGACCCUGGUUCUAUUCCAGGCUGUAUCACAACCGGCCGUGAUUGGGAGUCCCAUAGGGUGGCGCACAAUUGUCCCAGUGUCGUCCGGUUUGACCCGGUUGUAGUCCAUCAUUAUAAAUAAGAAUUUGUUCUUUUAACUUACUUGCCUAGUUAAAUAAAAACUACAACUCCCAGUGUAAAGGGAGAUAAAGGAGACACCUCACAUUAGUGACGGCUACGGUCAAUAACCAGUUGUUGUAGAUUUUUUUUUAAACCAAGAAACAUUCUAACUCUGCUGAGACAAAAUGAGUUCAGAGAAGGAAACGUUGAUGGAUGAAAUCGAAAAGAGUUUAUGGAAUUUAACUGAGGACAAUCUAUGUUAUCUGUGUGAACGUUGUGGAAUGGAUGGCCCUGAAAUUAAAGGGAUGAAUCAUCGCUUAUUAAGGCGUAAAGUCAUGGAGGAAAUGUGGGACAAGACGGAGUCAAUGAAAUCAGAGGAGCAGGGAAUGUCUUGGUUAGUCCAACUGAAAGAGGACAUCAGGAGGAUACAGGAGGAGGGUAGCAGUGCACUCAUGAGUCCCAGCCAAUCAGAUGACGUAGACUGGAAUGAAGAGGGAGGAACUAGGUUGCCUAGCAACAGACUGGAGGCGAAAUCUGAUCUAGAGAGGCACACACCAGAGCAGAGGGAGAGUGAUGUGACUACUUCCCAGUCUGAAAGGGUUUUUCUCAAACCACACGUGUGCUCUGAAUGUGGAAAGGGCUUCCAUCAGGCCGGCUGUCUUAAGAGACACCUGAGGACUCAUACGGGGGAGAAACCGUUUGUUUGCCCUCGUUGUGGGAGGGCUUGGAGUGAUUCUGGAAACUUAAAGAGACACAUGAGAAAAACUCACCCAGGAGAGGAGAUGGUUGUUAAGAGGGUCGACACUCAGAGGAGUGACCCUACAGGAAGUAGGGAGGAAAUGAAUGUGGAUUCAAUUCAAUCGGAGGAGCAGGGAACGUCUCAGUCACUCCAGCUGAAAGAGGAGGAUGCUUGCGGUGCGCCCGUGAGUCCCAGCCAGGCUCAUGCUGAUGAUGUAGACCUCAACGUUGAGGACAGGGAUUGGUUGCCUAGCAUCGGACUGAAGGUGGAGCCCAUGAGUCCCAGCCAAUCCGAUGAUGACGCUGCAGACCGCAAAGAAGAAUGGAACGAAGUGGGAGGCGCUACGUUGCCUAGCGAUGGCCUGGAGGCGGAGUCAGCUCGAGAGCGCCACAGUUGCGACAAGCCUCUCUUGCCCUCCUCCACCCUCGCAGAGUCCCCGAGUCGUGCCUCUCCCGGUGGCACCUUAUUGUGCGGUCAGAAGAGGGUGUCUGUGCGGCUGGUCGACUGCAGGAAGACACCGGGGCAGAGUAGCCAUAUAAUACACAAGACAACACAGACGGGAGAGAAACCCCACAGCUGGUCUAAUGCUGAACAACACAAAACCCUCUCAGGAGACAGGCCUGGCUCCCAUAUCUGUGAUCACUGUGGGAAGAAUUUUACCACAGCAACCAAUCUGAAAAGACACUUCCUGUAUUUGUCUGGAGAGAAACCAUACAUCUGCUCUGAAUGCGGAAAGAGAUUCACGCAGGCCGGAAGUCUUAAGACACACCAGAGAACUCAUACUGGGGAGAAACCGUACAUCUGCCCUCGUUGUGGGAAGGCUUGGAGUGAUUAUGGAAACAUAAAAAGACACAUGAGAAGGCAUACUGUUAAUAAACAAUACACAGUGAAACCUCACCACUGCUCUGAUUGUGGGAAACAGUUCAUUGUAAAAUCAAGCCUUAAACAUCACCGGGAUGUUUUUCACACAGAUCACCCUCAUUGCUGUGGUCAAUGUAAGAAGAGUUUCAUAACUGCAGAAAGACUGGAAUCACACAUUAAGACACAACACCCGCCAAGGGAUCCUCUGAAGAACCCACAUGUGUGCUCUGAAUGUGGAAAGGGCUUCCAUCAGGCCGGCUGUCUUAAGAGACACCUGAGGACUCAUACGGGGGAGAAACCGUUUGUUUGCCCUCGUUGUGGGAGGGCUUGGAGUGAUUCUGGAAACUUAAAGAGACACAUGAGAAAAACUCACCCAGGAGAGGAGAUGGUUGUUAAGAGGGUUGACAUUCAGAGGAGUUACCCUACAGGAAUUAGGGAGGAAAUUAAUGUGGAUUCAAUUAAAUCGGAAGAGCAGGGAAGGUCUCGGGCACUCCAGCUGAAAGAGGACAUCAGAAGGAUACUGGUGGAUGCCAGCGGUGCACCAAUGAGUCCCAACCAAGCCAAUGAUUAUUCUGAAGACGGUGAUGAGGGAGGAACUUGGUUGCUUAGCAACAGACUGGAGGCGAAAUCUGAUCUAGAGAGGCACACGCCAGAGCAGAGGGAGAGUGAUGUGACUACUUCCCAGUCAGAAAGUGUUUUUCUCAAACCACACUUGUGCACUAAAUGCGGUAAGGGAUUCAAAAAAGCCGGCUGUCUUAAGAGACACCUGAGGACUCAUACGGGGGAGAAACCAUUUGUUUGCUCUUGUUGUGGGAAGGCUUGGAGUGAUUCUGGAAACUUAAAGAGACACAUGAGAAAAACUCACCCAGGAGAAGAGAUGAUUGUUAAGAGGGUCGACACUCAGAGGAGUUACCCUACAGAGAGUAGGGAGGAAAUGACUGUGGAUUCAAUUAAAUCGGAGGAGCAGGGAAUGUCUCGGUCACUCCAGCUGAAAGAGGAGGAUGCUUGCGGUGCGCCCGUGAGUCCCAGCCAGGCUCAUGCUGAUGAUGUAGACUGCAACGUUGAGGACAGGGAUUGGUUGCCUAGCAUCGGACUGAAGGCAGAGCCCAUGAGUCCCAGCCAAUCCGAUGAUGACACUGCAGACCGCAAAGAAGAAUGGAACGAAGCGGAAGGCGCCCUUCGUUGUGGGAAGGCUUGGAGUUAUUAAAGAGACCCAUGAAAAGAGCUCAACCACCACCCAAUCAGCAUGUCCCUUAUCCCUACCCACCACCCAAUCAGCAUGUCCCUUAUCCCUACCCACCACCCAAUCAGCAUGUCCCUUAUCCCUACCCACCACCCAAUCAGCAUGUCCCUUAUCCCUACCCACCACCCAAUCAGCAUGUCCCUUUUCCCUACCCACAUCAGACACCAUGGUAACCUGGUUUACACCUGUCCAAUCCAUUACAGAUGUGUUUACUACUUCAAGGAAACAAGAUGUGAAGCAUGUGUUUUUUUUAAAGGGGGGUAUAUUUGAUGUUGUAGUUGUUUUUAAUGGAGAGGUUAAAAGUAGAGGGGGAGACAGAUGAGGAGGGAAGACAGUGAAGAGUAGAUGCAGGGAUUGAACCCUGGUCUCCAGUGGGGAGGCUGAGGCAUACAUAGAGCAUCCAGCUGUGCUACCACAAGACUACAGGCUAUGUACAGAAGGAAGCAUUUCUAAAAGUAUUGGAACACUGCCCUAGACUCAGCCUGUCCCAAAUAACACCUUAUGCUCUAUAUAGUGCACUACUUUUGACCCCUGCCCAUCGGGGUGCCAUUUUGAAUUCAGGAUGUCCCAAACCCCAACCUACCACAUGCCCUUGCUUGGUCCUCACUAGUGCUGUGGUGGUCAGCAGGUGAUUGGCAUGCAAAUAACUGCCAAGUAAAUAACUGCCGGUCUCAUGGCAAUUGAAUGUUUAAUUGUCAUAAACAUGUUUAGCCUACAAGCCACUGAUGUGGACCUUUCGGCUCCCGAGUGGCGCAGCGGUCUAAGGCACAGCAUCUCAGUGCUACAGGUGUCACUACAGUCCCUGGUUCGAUUCCAGGCUGUAUCACAACUGGCCUUGAUUGGAAGUCCCAUAGGGCGGCACACAAUUGGCCCAGCGUAGUCCGGGUUUGGCCAGGAUAGGCCUUAUUGUAAAUAAGAAUUUGUUCUUAACUGACUUGCUUAGUUAAAUAAAAAUAAUAUAUAUAUAUAUUUUUUAAGUAUAAACAUUUAUAUCACAAUUGAACAUAGCUUAAUAAAAUAGCUUAAUAAAAGAUAUUUUCCCCAAACGAUUUCAAACGAAGUGCACACAUGCGGCUAUUCUGUGUUGAGGUUAACAAAGAAACCGGUUCUCUCAUAUGCUUCAUUCAGAGUUAUUUUAUCGACUUUAAUUGUGAUACGAACGUUGAGAUAUGUUCUUAUUCUUAAUAUAUUAAUAAGGCUGCAUGAUGGGACUCUGAUGAUUUGAAAAAAAGUUGCAAGCUGAACACACUUCAUCAGUCUCUCAUUCACAAUUUUGACAAGCACUUGACAAUAUUCUCAGCAGGCCUCGAGUUUCCCGGUGGCAUCCCCCUUGUGUGGCUGUAAUGCCCCAUAAAAAAAAAUCUGUGCCUUUUACGGCCAAUGUGGGUGUUAUUAUAUAAUUACUCUCACUCACAUGGUUCCUUCAGAUGUAGCCAAUGCCCGUCACGUGAUUGGUGAAGACAGACAUAUCGGGGGGCGUAACUGCGCGCGUCCAAUUCCGAGGCGCAUAUUGAAAAUGUUAGAGAACUGUCCACAUUUUACUUUUCGUCAGCCAAUCAGAUGAGUCGGUCUAACCAACAGCACUAGCUUAUGCCAAUGUACUAUCCCCCCCAUAGUGCAAAAGUUGACCUAUGCUAUUGGUCAACUGUUCUUCUGUGCAAUAAAUAAAUAUGCCAAACAUACUGUAGGACAGUUGUGGGAUGCGAUAGAUCCCAAUUGAAUACAGCAACUCGCAUCCAUUUUUUUUUUUUUUUAAAGCAGUGAGGCUGAUGCAACAGAUCAGAACGUUUAGCUUAAAAUGUUGAUAAACGAUUAAGGCUUUUUCUAUUGGGCUUUUUCUUCACAUUAGAAGCGUAUCAAUGUGCACACGGUGGCACACUGUUCCCGAAAGUGAAGGCAAAUGUGAUUGUGCAUUUAAUAGUUCAUUUAAAAAGGUGCAUUUAAUAGUUUAUUUUAAAAGGUGCAUUUAAUAGUUUAUUAUAAAAGGUGCAUUUAAUAGUUUAUUAUAAAAGGUGCAUAUUUAUGGUGAAAAUGAUCUUCCCCAAACGUGACACUCACACAGCUUAUGUCUGCCAGUUAGGCUCUACACCGGUUAUAAAGCGGUUUAAUAUUUAUUAUUAUUAUCCUUUAUUUAACUAGGAAAGUCAGUUAAGAACAAAUUCUUAUUUUGAACGAUGACCUAGGAACAGUGGGUUAACUGCCUUGUUCAGGGACAGAAUGAUAGAUUUUUACCUUGUCAGUUCAGGGAAUUUGAUCUUGCAACCUUUCGGGUUACUGCCCCAACGCUUUAACCACUAGGCUACCUGCCGCCCCUACACUCUAACCACUAGGCUACCUGCCACCCAUCCACUCUAACCACUAGGCUACCUGCAUCCCCUACACUCUAACCACUAGGCUACCUGCCGCCCCUACACUCUAACCACUAGGCUACCUGUCGCCCCUACACUCUAACCACUAGGCUACCUGCCGCCCCUACACUCUAACCACUAGACUACCUGCCGCCCCUACACUCUAACCACUAGGCUACCUGCCUCUAACCACUAGGCUACCUGCUGCCCCUACACUCUAACCACUAGACUACCUGCCGCCCCUACACUCUAACCACUAGGCUACCUGCCGCCCCUCCACUCUAACCACUAGGCUACCUGCCGCCCCUACACUUUAACCACUAGGCUACCUGCCGCCCCUACACUCUAACCACCAGGCUACCUGCCGCCCCUACACUCUAACCACUAGGCUACCUGCCGCCCCUACACUUUAACCACUAGGCUACCUGCCGACCCUACACUCUAACCACUAGGCUACCUGCCGCCCCUACACUCUAACCACUAGGCUACCUGCCGCCCCUGCGCUUUAACCACUAGGCUACCUGUCGCCCCUACGCUCUAACCACUAGGCUACCUGCCGCCCCUACACUCUAACCACUAGGCUACCCUGCCGCCCCUACACUUUAACCACUAGGCUACCUGCCGCCCCUACACUCUAACCACUAGGCUACCUGCUGCCCCUACACUCUAACAACUAGGCUACCUGCCGCCCCUACACUCUAACCACUAGGCUACCUGCCGCCCCUACACUCUAACCACUAGGCUACCUGCCUCUAACCACUAGGCUACCUGCUGCCCCUACGCUCUAACCACUAGGCUACCUGCCGCCCCUACACUCUAACCACUAGGCUACCUGCCGCCCCUACACUUUAACCACUAGGCUACCUGCCGCCCCUACGCUCUAACCACUAGGCUACCCUGCCGCCCCUACACUCUAACCACUAGGCUACCUGCCGCCUCUACACUCUAACCACUAGGCUACCUGCCGCCUCUACACUCUAACCACUAGGCUACCUGCCGCCCCUACACUCUAACCACUAGGCUACCUGCCGCCCCUACACUCUAACCACUAGGCUACCUGCCGCCCCUACACUCUAACCACUAGGCUACCUGCCGCCUCUACACUCUAACCACUAGGCUACCUGCGCUCUCUGUGCUUCGUUUUAAGGAGUUAUUUGGCCACUUUAGUUGUGAUAAAAAACAAUAUCAAAACAUAUAGGCUUAUGGGCUGGGCUACAUACUGUGUGAUACUAACCUUAUCAAAACAUAUAGGACCAUUCCCCAGGACUACCUGACAUGAUGACUCCUUGCUGUCCCCAGUCCACCUGACCGUGCUGCUUGCUCCAGUUUCAACUGUUCUGCCUUAUUAUUAUUCGACCAUGCUGGUCAUUUAUGAACAUUUGAACAUCUUGGCCAUGUUCUGUUAUAAUCUCCACCCGGCACAGCCAGAAGAGGACAGGCCACCCCACAUAGCCUGGUUCCUCUCUAGGUUUCUUCCUAGGUUUUGGCCUUUCUAUGGAGUUUUUCCUAGCCACCGUGCUUCUACACCUGCAUUGCUUGCUGUUUGGGGUUUUAGGCUGGGUUUCUGUACAGCACUUUGAGAUAUCAGCUGAUGUACGAAGGGCUAUAUAAAUAAAUUUGAUUUGAUUUGAUAUAGGCCUAUGGGCUGGGCUACAUACGGUGUGAUACUAACCUUAUCAAAACAUAUAGGUCUAUGGGCUGGGCUACAUACGAUGUGCGACAUACGAUUUGAAGAAGUCGCAAAAAAACGCACAAGUUAUUCCUCGCCUCACUGCACAAGCUGGGCGUCAUUCACAAGUGAUAAUACAUAAUCCACAAGUGAUAGGCCAAUAUUGUCACCCAUCAGACUAUUCUUAAUUUAAUCUUGUCUUUACAUAUACCUUAUUAUAUGUGUGUGAAAUUAGUUUUGAUUUAGAAUGGACCAUUAUCAUGCACCUGUAUCGAAACGGGUAUGGGGGGAAAGAAUGUCAACUAUGCACUUAAAUAGCAAAAUGGAGGACGCUUUUCCCCGUGGUUCAUUUUCAUGCCAGCCAGGUAGGCUAUACUCCUGUUGUAAAGAUAAGCAAUGUGCUUAAUAUUAGGAAAGUUUAUAAAUAUAAUAGGCCUAACCUAUAGAAAGCUGAUGGGAUCCUCCUCUUUUUAACAGAGGCCACCACUCUGUUUUCUCACGCAGUUACAUAGCCUAUAGAAAUGUUGCGCAACAUGAGCUCAUGGGCU